AAGGUUGAUCAAUGGACAAUAUUAAAGUUUGAUGUUGCACGACUAAUUUUGUAAAUAAAUUUUUUUUUUCUUUUUAUUGCUCACCGUUUAAAUAAAAUUCAAAUAAAUGACUAUACUAUUGGAGUCAUGUCUACCAUUCGAAGAGAACUAGUUUAUCAAGCAGCUCAAAACGCAAAUGCAUUGGUUGACUAUAAUAUUCACAAGGACUUUCACGACCAAAUUGAAUUUAUGAUACAAACAAUUCUUGCUGAUAGUUCUCUUACGGAAGAUGAAAAAACUGCAGCAAUAAGAUUAAUUAAUAAAGAAUAUGACCGAGAUAAAAUUAUUCAUAAUUCAGGAACAAAAAAAAUUUGUGAAAAUUGCAACAAAGAAUGUUUAGCUACAUUAUAUUGCGAAUAUUGUGUUCAAGAUUAUUUAAAAGCAAGAUUUUCAAAUUGGACAUCUGGAAAUAAUGAUAUUGACAACUUAAUACAAAAAUAUCAAUCGGAAACGCUUGGACCAGAUUAUAUAGUUGAAUGGAUCCCUUAUAAUAAUUUAAAGAAUAUUGAAUAUUUGACUAAAGGCGGAUUUUCUAAAAUUUAUACAGCAGGAUGGAUUAAUGGACCAUAUGAAGAAUGGGAUUCUAAAAAACAGCAAUUAGAAAGAACUAAAGUGCCUGGAAUACAAAAUUUUGUAGCAAGUGUAAUACUUAAAGAAUUAGAAAAUAUUGAAGGCGCAAGUCAAAGUUGGUUUGAAGAGGCCAAGUUACAUUUAAAUAUUAGCAAUAAAUAUCCAAGGAUUAUUCCAUGUUAUGGUUUAACACAAAAUCCAUCAAAUAGAAAUUAUAUGCUUGUAAUGAACAAAUUUGAUGUAGAUUUAAGGGAAUAUUUACUACAAAAUCAUAAUCAACUUACGUGGAAAGAAAGAAUUAAAAUUGCUUUUUUAAUAACUGAUGCACUUUAUUGGAUACAUGAAGAGAAUUCAAUUCAUAGAGAUUUGCAUUCUGGAAAUAUAUUAUAUUCACAAUUUGAUGAAACUUGGUGUAUUAGUGAUCUUGGAUUUUGUGGUCCUGCAGAUAAAUCACCAAAAAAUAUAUAUGGAAAUCUCCCUUAUAUAGCACCUGAAAUUAUUUCUGGAAGGAAAUAUACUUUUGCAUCUGAUAUUUAUAGUAUUGCAAUGCUUAUGUGGGAAAUUUCAUCUGGACGACCUCCUUUUAAUAAUUAUGAAAAUGAUUACUAUCUUGCAAUGAAUAUAGUCAAUGGUAUAAGACCAAAAAUAGUAUCAGGAACUCCUUUAGAAUAUAAAAAUCUAAUGAAACAAUGUUGGGAUGCUGAUCCAUUAAAAAGGCCUGAUAUUCUUACACUUAGAAACAAAAUAAGCGAAAUCAAUGCAUCAUAUAAAAAUACAACAAAUGAAUUAGAUGCAAAUAGCAACUUCGAAACAAAUAACUUAGAAACAAAUUAUACAAGCAGCAGAUUAUUUACAAGCAAAAUUCAUCAAUUUGAAAAUUUUCCUGAACCAAGAAAUGCAACAGAAGAAGAGCAAGAAGCAUUUCACAGUAAAUCUUAUAAAUUUAGCAUUCCCCAUAAUAUCAAUGAAUUUAAUAAUUCAAUUAAUCGAAAUUAUGAUAAUACACCUAAAUCAAGUAGUAUUUCAAAAGUAUUGUCUAAAGUAUUUAUGAAACUAAAAAUAAAUUCAAAGAAUGAUAACUUUAAGGAGAAAACAACACAACAACAAAUUAAAAGACAAGAUCAUAUUGAUCAUGUUAAUGACAUGCAGAUUGAAGAAUUUGUAUCUGAACAACUUGUAUCCCAAAUUGAACAAAAUAAUCUUACAAUAAUUGAUAACAAAAAUGAAGUAAAGGGCAAAUCUAAAAGAAUUUAUUCAGAAGAUAAAAAAGAAGAUUUAACUGAUAAUGAUAAAUCCAAUAAGGCCAAAUUUCAAUAUAUACAAAGAAAUUAUAUUUCAAAUGAUGAAAUGUCUAAAAAUAUGCAUAAAAUGUCCAGUAAAUACGGAAUGAAUAACUUAAGAACAAAUUUAAUUUAUUUCCUGAGACUUCAUUCGCAAUGUGAAUUCCAGAAACGCUAA